AGGAUGUCUUUAGCUGGAGUGGCUGGUCUUCUCGAGCUAGAAGGAUGAAAAUUGGCAAUUGGAAAGUCACUGUCACUCUCCUAAGCUUCCUCCUAACUUCCGAGUCCUGGUUUGGGUGUACAAGGCUGCAAGCAAGUCUACUGUCCCAUUCCAUGAUUUAAACAGAGGCUUGGAGCAUGCAUCACUAGCGGGAUGGUCGGCCACCGAAGCUGCCAUGUCGUCCCUGACGACCUCCAUUGAGGGAGAGAACUCCACUCCCAGGUUUGUUGUCGGUUCCAGGGAUGAUGAGACAGACUUUCUGGAAUCAAACAUGAAGACGGAUGAAACUGAUUUCUUUGAAGAUGAUGAAGAGGAGGAGUCGCCACCUGAACGGCAGAUUGUGGUUGGAAUCUGUGCCAUGACCAAAAAGUCCAAGUCAAAGCCCAUGACACAAAUUCUGGAGCGUCUGUGCAAGUUUGAGUACAUCACAGUUGUAAUUAUGGGGGAAGAUGUUAUUCUGAAUGAACCAGUGGAGAACUGGCCUUCCUGUGACUGCCUAAUCUCCUUCCACUCCAAGGGAUUCCCUCUGGAUAAAGCAGUUGCAUAUGCCAAGCUGUGCAAGCCAUUUUUGAUUAAUGACCUUGAUAUGCAGUAUUAUAUCCAGGACAGGCGUGAAGUGUAUCGGAUCCUUCAAGAAGAGGGAAUAGACUUGCCCCGCUAUGCUGUCCUCAAUCGAGACCCCGAUAGACCAGAAGAAUGCAACUUGGUGGAAGGAGAGGACCAUGUGGAAGUAAAUGGAGCUGUUUUCCCAAAGCCAUUUGUAGAGAAGCCGGUCAGUGCUGAGGACCAUAAUGUGUAUAUUUACUACCCGACCUCAGCAGGUGGGGGCAGCCAGCGGCUCUUUCGGAAGAUUGGUAGCCGGAGUAGUGUGUACUCCCCAGAGAGCAGUGUAAGGAAGACAGGGUCAUACAUUUAUGAGGAGUUCAUGCCUACAGAUGGCACUGAUGUAAAGGUGUACACUGUUGGGCCAGACUAUGCCCAUGCAGAGGCUCGCAAAUCUCCUGCUUUGGAUGGGAAGGUUGAACGGGACAGUGAAGGGAAAGAAAUUCGUUACCCAGUUAUGCUGACUGCCAUGGAGAAACUCGUUGCACGGAAAGUCUGUGUAGCGUUUAAGCAAACAGUGUGUGGGUUUGACCUCCUGCGGGCAAAUGGCCACUCUUUUGUUUGUGAUGUGAACGGCUUCAGUUUUGUGAAGAACUCUAUGAAGUAUUAUGAUGACUGUGCCAAAAUCCUUGGAAACAUAAUAAUGCGUGAGUUGGCUCCCCAGUUUCAUAUUCCCUGGUCUAUCCCAACAGAGGCAGAAGAUAUUCCUAUUGUCCCCACAACUUCAGGCACCAUGAUGGAGCUUCGUUGUGUUAUUGCAGUCAUCCGGCAUGGAGAUCGUACCCCGAAGCAGAAGAUGAAGAUGGAAGUUAAGCAUCCUCGGUUCUUUGAGUUAUUUGAGAAAUAUGAUGGCUACAAGACAGGGAAGUUGAAGCUGAAGAAACCAGAACAGCUACAGGAAGUGCUGGACAUUGCACGGCAGCUUGUGGUGGAACUGGGAACCCACAGUGACUGUGAGAUUGAGGAGCGAAAAUCCAAAUUGGAACAGCUGAAGAGCGUCUUGGAGAUGUAUGGGCAUUUUUCUGGCAUUAACCGUAAGGUGCAGUUGACCUAUCUGCCUCAUGGACAUCCAAAAGCUGCAAGUGAAGACGAAGAAGGUCGCAGAGAGUCUUCCCCAUCUCUUCUCCUGGUGCUGAAGUGGGGUGGAGAGUUGACACCAGCAGGAAGAGUCCAGGCAGAAGAGCUGGGGCGAGCCUUUCGCUGUAUGUACCCUGGUGGCCAAGGUGAUUAUGCUGGUUUCCCUGGAUGUGGCCUGCUCAGACUGCACAGCACAUACCGGCAUGAUCUCAAGAUUUACGCCUCUGAUGAGGGACGAGUUCAGAUGACAGCAGCAGCUUUUGCAAAGGGUCUGCUGGCCCUGGAAGGAGAGCUGACCCCCAUCCUGGUGCAAAUGGUGAAAAGUGCCAAUAUGAAUGGUCUCCUGGACAGUGACAGUGAUUCUCUUAGCAGCUGUCAACACAGAGUGAAGGCACGACUGCAUGAAAUCAUGCAGAAGGAUGCUGAGUUCUGUGAAGAGGAUUAUGAGAAGCUAGCACCUACAGGUAGUGCUUCUCUGCUCAACUCCAUGACCUUUAUCCAGAAUCCAGUAGAGAUCUGUAAUCAGGUGUUCAUCCUGAUUGAGAAUCUCACCUCCCAGAUACGAAAACGUCUGGAAGACCCAAAAUCUGCAGACCUACAGCUGUACCACAGUGAGACUUUGGAACUGAUGCUGCAACGCUGGAGUAAGCUGGAGAGAGAUUUUCGCAUGAAGAAUGGCCGUUACGACAUCAGCAAGAUCCCCGAUAUCUAUGACUGCAUCAAGUAUGAUGUACAGCACAACUGUGCACUGAAACUAGAAGGCACAGCCGAGCUCUUCAGACUCUCUAAAGCCCUGGCAGAUGUGAUCAUACCCCAGGAAUAUGGAAUUAAUAAGGAGGAGAAACUGGAGAUUGCUAUUGGCUUUUGUCUUCCCCUCAUUAAAAAGAUCCAGUUGGACCUACAGAGAACCCAUGAAGAUGAGUCUGUCAACAAACUACAUCCUUUGUACUCAAGAGGAGUUUUGUCACCGGGUCGCCAUGUUCGGACACGGUUAUACUUCACCAGUGAGAGCCAUGUGCACUCUCUGCUCAGCAUCUUCCGCUAUGGGGGGCUCCUGGAUGAGAACAAAGACCAGCAGUGGAAGAGAGCCAUGGACUAUUUGAGUGCUAUCUCAGAGCUGAACUACAUGACCCAGAUUGUUAUCAUGCUCUACGAGGACAACAACAAGGACCCAUCUUCAGAAGAGCGUUUCCAUGUGGAGCUGCAUUUCAGCCCUGGUGUGAAAGGCUGUGAGGAAGACAGAAAUGUCCCCACGGGAUUUGGCUUUCGUCCUGCAUCAGCAGAGAAUGAGGACAAGAAAACAGACCAAGGCAGCCUGGAGGACCUCUCUAAAGAGAAGGGCAUUGAUGAGCCAGAUCGUGCACAGCAAAGGUCUCCACAGCCCUCUGAGCCAGUCAGCAUUCAGCGAAGAUCACCAUUGAUCAGGAACCGGAAGACAGGGUCCAUGGAGGUGCUUUCUGAAUCUUCUUCCAAAUCAGGAGGUUAUCGCCUCUUCAGCACUUACUCAAGGCAGUCUUCUGAGAUGAAGCAAAGUGGCUUAGGGUCACAAUGCACCGGCCUGUUUAGCACCACUGUGCUGGGAGGCUCCUCCAGUGCCCCCAACCUCCAGGACUACGCACGCAGCCAUGGCAAAAAGUUUGCCAGCAGCCUGACAUACAAAGACGAGCUCUUGUCUAUGCCAGCCGUAAAACGAUUUUCUGUGUCGUUUGCAAAGCAUCCGACUAAUGAUGCGUUUGAGCACCACCACGUUGCCCAGUUGCUGCGCCGUUUUUCCUCUGACUAUGCCACGAGCCGGAACAUCUCACUGGAUGCCACUCUAGCCCAUCAUCUCCAGCAGUGCUCCUACCACCUGCGCCUCUUCAGGAGCUGGCUGAUCUCAGGGCAGGAUGACUUGGAGUGUCUUUACGGUUUUGAAGGCUGUUCCAUGGUUCCCACCAUUUAUCCCCUGGAGACCCUGCACAACUCCCUCUCUUUGCGACAGGUCAAUGAGUUCCUGACAGCUGUGUGCAGAAGUUGCAGUGAGUCACAUGUCCAGUCUACCACAGCUUUGUUUGAUUCAAUGAUUGGCAACCAGAUACCAGGGGACCCCUUUAUGUCUCAGCGAAUCCUGUCAUCAUCCUCUUUCCCAUUGCGCCAGCGUUCGGAUAAGCCCCCUUGGUACAGCAGUGGCCCCUCCAGUACUGUCUCCAGUGCAGGACCAUCCUCCCCAACCUCUUUGGACAGCUGUGCUCGUUUCAGCUUCACCGAGAAGCUUUCCAUCAGUCCUCCAAAAAGCGAGGAGCAGCUGAAUAGCCAGUUCCCUGAGCAAGGAGAGAGAGAGCCUGACAGAGGAGGGCUUGAUGUGGAGGUGGGGGUGUCUGGGUUGUCAGUGGCCGAGCCAAGUGCCCCAGAAAUGCUGACCUGGAGUGAGGGCCCAGAGCCAGGCGGGGUCCUGGAGCAGUGCAAGAAGGAGCUGGCUCACAAGAACUCUAACCCAGAGAAGAGAAGUGUGCUGGUGCUGGAUGAAGAAUCAUCUGGGGAAAUGCUAGACCCAAGUAACACGGGGAAACCAAAGUGUCAUGCAGAGUCUGAGAUAAGGCCAGCUGGAGAGAGAGUGGAGCCAGGUGAAGGGUAUUUAGGGGGAAUGACUGGCCUGAGUCAGUCAGGGCUGUCCAAGAACAUCUUGGUGCCCUGUGAAGAUGAGUUGCUGGGAGAGGUGUUGGACCCAGAACAUAUGGGCAAGGAGCCCCUGGGGGACAGCGCUCUGUCAGGCCAGCUUCUGUCUUGUCAGCUGUGCCAGGAGCAGCCACUGCCUCCUGAGACAAGCACGAAGGGGAUGCAGCCCAUGUGUCAGGAGGGUCAGCAGAACUAGCGGCUAACUGGACAGUGCACUGCAAGUGCUCCUAGCCUGGAGGCAGCCCAACUUCCUGCACAACACUUCAUGCAGCUGGCUGUCCGCAGCACAGAACAAGCCAUAUCCCAAGGCCACAAGACUCUGGGGUGUGGAAGAGUCUGCUCUGCUCUUACACAAGCCAGCUCUUUGCCAGCCAGCAAGAGAUAACAGCCCAUCUGCCUCGUUAAACAGCAAAUGCAGUCUACUGGCACAGCACCUCCAUGGAGUAGGGAUGUGGCGCUGCAUUGGUGCAGGGUGUUCCCAGGGCUGUUUGCUUGCUGGGACAGCAGAGUUAGAGGAUUGGUAGAGUCAAGGCUUUUGGGGUGGUAAGUCCAGAGGGGACAAAUGCUCCCUGGAGAUUUGUUGGCCCACAGCCUUCAGAGAAAGGCAUUCUGGGUCCAAAGUAAUUGGGUUCUUCACAACCACCAACCUCCUCUGAUCUUUCUUUCCUCUUUCGAUGCCUACCAUUGGCCACCAAAAACAGAUCCAGAGAGUCCAUGUUGGGAAGAACAGGAAAAGGAGAAAGCAUUCUGAAUGGAGCGUGGGAAAGAAUUUAAUGAGAGGAACAGGUUCAAGACUGCCACUUGCAAGAAGAACUCUCUCUGGAGUGGACUUGAAUAUUUUUCUGCUGGGCUGGGGCAGGCAGGCAGGAGCCUGGAGAUCCAGCCUGAGAGGGGUGUACAGGGAGGACACACGGGUUUUUCUAGUCCCCAAGGGUCAGGCAAGGUAAAGUUCUGAAGUCUUGGUGACAGAAAUUAAGAGAAACUGCUAUUUGAGUAAAUCAGGAUUGUUAGAAACCAAUAAGGAGAAAUCUUUAUUAUAUAUAAAAUGAAAAGUAUUUAAUACAUAUUUAUGUAAAUGACCUGCGAGCACAAGCCUGAAGGCAACAUUGACACAGGUUUCCCUGUUACAUCCUUAGUGCAGACCAGGACUGUGCUUCCUGCGCCUCCUGCAUUUAUGGACAAGUCUGUGUGUUUGUCUGUAGCUAGGAUCUAUGUUUUUGUGAAGCUGUGCCCAAAGAUCUCUGCACUGUGUUGUGAUGAUACACGUUCACAGUAAAUCUCUGCUGUGGCUCUGG